UUUUAAAUUGAAAAUGCUUCGAUUCACCUUAUGUGUGAUAGGCAUCUAUACAUGCUUUCUUACAUGGGGAGUAGUUCAGGAACGUGUCAGUACAACACCUUAUGGUGAUACAGAAACACCUAAGAAAUUCAAAUUCUUCAUUGUCCUCAACUUGAUCCAGUCCAUCAUCGCAGCCAUCGUUGCUUUUGUCUAUCUCAAGGCUUCUGGGCGUAGCUUAAACAUGCAACAGACACCUCGCCAUCUCUAUUUGAAGUAUGGGCAAGUGGCCUUUUUUAAUUGCAUUGGCUCUCCCUUUGGUUAUGCUGCUCUUAAACACAUUGAUUAUCCUACUAUGAUUCUUGGCAAAUCAUGUAAAUUGGUGCCUGUCUUGAUCAUGAAUGUCUUGGUCUAUCGUCGUAAAUUUGCUUUGCACAAGUAUCUAUGUGUAGGGUUAGUGACUUUGGGUGUAUCUAUGUUUAUGUUAUGCCAACCUACCAAAAAAUCUAACGGACCUGUCAACAGUUCUUUAUGGGGUUUAUUUUUACUCUGUACAAAUCUCUGUAUUGAUGGUCUAACCAAUGCCACACAAGAUCAAAUCUUUAACAAGUUUGGUCAUCUCGUCAGUGGUCAGCAUAUGAUGUUCUAUAUGAACGCAUUUGGCUCUGUUUUAUCAGCUUGUUACUUGAUCUUGCAUCCUUACAAUUCAGAAUUGCAACAAGCAUUUGGGUUCUUUCAAGACCAUCCUGCUGUGAUCCGAGAUGUGCUGUUGUUUGGUUUAUGCGGUGCCAUUGGGCAAUGCUUUAUCUUUUAUACCCUUCAACACUAUGGUAGUUUGCGCCUUGUCACCGUGACUGUGACGCGCAAGUUGUUUACCAUGUUAUUGAGUGUCUUUUGGUUCAAUCAUACCUUAAAUCUCGGUCAAUGGUCUGGUGUGGCUCUUGUGUUUGCCUCGAUUGGUAUUGAGGCCUAUAUCAACAAACAAGAGAAACUCAAAAAAACACGACCUUUAUCCCCUCAUCCUGAUGAAAAGAUACCAGUGUCUUUAUUAGAUGCUGACAAAAAGAAAUCUGCUUAG